AACGCUGGAACUCCGAGGGAGUCACCUGGGAAGCUCUGUAAAGUUCUGUGCCGGGCCCUACCCCAGACUUGCUGAUUUAAUUCUUGUGGAGUGAGGCCCAGCAUUGGAUAAGACUCCACGUGAUUCCAAAGUUUCAGUGAAGAGUUGAAAAUCAAAGUCGUAAGGAAGUUGACCUUGAAGUUGUUUCACAGGGCAAUGCCACCAAAGAGUUAGCCGAUAAAAAUGGAACUUACUGAACCAGGGUCAAACUGGGCUCUCAAGUUGCCCUUUCCUGCUUUUGUGAAAGGAAAAUAAUGAAAGGAUUUUCCUUGUCGAUGAGUAUUUGUUCUCAGCCGCUCUCAUUUAAAUGCCUCUUAUUUUCCUGUCCCCCCGCCUGAUGCAUUUUCAAGCCACUGGAUUCUUUUUCCAUUAUUUUUUACAUCCCGUUCUCAUUUGACCUAAUGAUAUCGAUUUUAGUUAUAGUUUCCCUUAUCUUAUUUUUGCUACUAAUUUACUUCUCCAUGCUACUAAAUGCUGAGUCAUUCCCUCUCCUAUUUCUCUUCUCUCUUGCCUUCUUCAUUCUUUUUAAGCCUCUGUGUAAUUUAAUGAAAGGAACAGACAAUAAGACGUCAGAAAAGAAAAACAAAAAAAAAAACGAGUGUUACAUUCACCUUCUCCCUGUCUCUCUCCAUUUCCUGAAUGGGUUACUGUAGUGCUGCUUUUAUUUAAGACCCUUUAGAAAUAUUGUUAUUAAUCUAAAAUAAAACCCACCAGGAAGGAAGCAGUAGGAAGGAAGUUACAGUAUUUCUCUUACUGUGGCUGCAAAAUCUAUUUUUGGUGUUCUGAUCUCUGCUUAGCAAAAUGAAGUAGAGUGGUUGUUUUUAACCAGUUUAAAGUAAGAAAAUAUUGAUGUAAAGAUAAUCGAAUAGAAUAAUAAUAAUAAAACAAGAAUCAAAGAACCAAAAUGAAGAAAGGGAAAGUUUUUUAAAAAGAAAACUAAUGUAAUCAUUAAAUAUAAUGCUUAAUCAGAGCAAAAGCACUGCAAGGAAGACGGCUUCAGCCACUCUAAUUUAAAUGCCCUUUAUUUAAUUAUACUGAACAUUUUUACAGGGAUUGGUAUUUGGAAUUUACAGAAGCUGAAAUCAGUGAUCUCAGAUAGCAUUAACUGGGAAGUUAUCCUGAAGGUGGCAGACUGCUCCAAGAUUUCUAUCUUUGAUACUUUUAAGCGUGCUUGUGAUUCAGGGCUUUUUAGGCACGGUGUUUCUAUUUCUAUGGGUGCUAAGAAAUUUUAAUCUGCCUAAUUAUAUCUACGUGCUUUAAUCAUGGUAGCAAUUCGACUCACUGCCUGUUAAAAUAUUUUAAAAGUGAAAAUCUCAUUUUCAUAGAAAUUCCACCAAACUUUGGGCAGCAUGAAAAAGUAAUGUUAGAAGUGACUGUCAGGACAGUAGGGAUUACAAUAUGAAAUAAUUAUUUGAAUUCACACAUUCCAAUAGAGCUUGGAUUCAACAUUGAAAGAGCUUCCAGUAUGUGUCAGCUGCUUUGCCUGAUCCUGGCCCAGUGCUGCUCAGGCCCUCAAACUGCAAAACAGAGGGCAGAUGCACUCCAUCAGAAACUCACAAUUGGCUGUCACCCUUUGGGAAUCAUGGAAAUAAAACCUGAACCAUAAAUGCAUAAUUCCAGCUCUUCUUGUCAAAACAUAUAAAUUAACAGGAACUCUGAACUUAAGAACUCCUGUUGGGCUUAUGUUAAGGAUUGAAGUCAGAUCCCCAAGGAAAGUAUAACUAGGAUGCUGCUUAGAAUGAAGCUUCCAUCUGAGUGGAGUAUUAUGAUGCAUGUGUAUGGCUGAAUAUCUUAAGAUACUAAUAAACCCAGGGUCUUGACAACACACUAGAAUGUAAAUUCUGAGGACAGAACUUUUGUCUGUUUUGUUCACUGCUGUAUCCAACACAUCGAACAGAGCUAGUACACAGUAGGUACUAAACAAUUAUCAAAUAAAGGUCAAAUGAACUGAAAGACAAGUAGGAUCCCUGAGCUGGAGUCCAGACCCCAGACAAGUUCUCUCUGCCUGAACACUAGCCCUGCUUCCAGAAAGGAGAAGGGAGCAGUUUUAAAAAGGACACAUAUUCUGAAGCUCUGGUGAAUAGGUGAAUGAAAGUGAUAAAAAAAUUUGAGAUUACACUGGAAUGCUUGCUGAUUCCUCUGCACACUUCUAAGGCUGAGAACCUGAGGAACCCAGCUGGAAAAUGCCGUCUGAACGCUGCCUCAGUAUUCAAGAAAUGCUGACAGGCCAGAGGCUCUGCCACUCCGAAUCUCACAAUGACAGUGUCCUGGCAGCGCUGAAUCAGCAGAGGAGUGAUGGCAUCCUCUGCGACAUCACCCUGAUUGCUGAGGAACAGAAAUUCCAUGCUCACAAGGCAGUCCUAGCAGCAUGCAGUGACUAUUUCCGGGCAAUGUUCAGUCUUUGUAUGGUUGAAAGUGGAGCUGAUGAGGUUAAUUUGCACGGUGUGACCAGCCUUGGCUUAAAGCAGGCUCUGGAGUUUGCAUACACAGGACAGAUUUUGCUGGAGCCAGGUGUGAUCCAGGAUGUGCUAGCAGCGGGCAGUCACCUACAGCUGUUGGAGCUUCUCAAUUUAUGCUCCCACUAUCUCAUCCAGGAAUUAAAUAGCUUUAAUUACUUGGAUCUGUACAGACUUGCUGACCUCUUUAACCUCACUUUGUUGGAGAAGGCAGUGAUCGAUUUCUUAGUGAAACAUCUCUCUGAACUCCUGAAGAGCCGCCCAGAAGAUGUUCUAACGCUUCCCUAUUGCCUGCUUCAGGAGGUGCUGAAGAGCGACCGCCUGACCUCCCUGAGUGAAGAGCAGAUCUGGCAGCUGUGAGGUGGUUGGAACACAACUGCCACUACCAGUACAUGGACGAGCUCCUGCAAUACAUCCGCUUUGGCCUAAUGGAUGUGGAUACUCUCCAUACAGUUGCCCUGUCCCACCCCCUUGUCCAAGCAAGUGAGACUGCAACAGCCCUCGUCAACGAGGCCCUGGAAUACCACCAGAGCAUCUAUGCACAGCCUGUCUGGCAGACUCGCAGGACCAAACCACGGUUCCAGUCAGACACUCUGUAUAUCAUUGGUGGGAAAAAGCGCGAGGUCUGCAAGGUCAAGGAACUUCGGUACUUCAAUCCUGUUGAUCAGGAGAAUGCUCUCAUAGCUGCCAUUGCCAACUGGAGUGAGCUGGCUCCCAUGCCUGUGGGAAGGAGCCACCAUUGUGUGGCAGUCAUGGGGGACUUCCUGUUUGUGGCAGGAGGGGAAGUUGAGCAUGCCAGUGGCCGGACGUGUGCUGUGAGGACUGCCUGUCGCUAUGACCCCCGCAGUAAUUCCUGGGCAGAGAUAGCACCCAUGAAAAACUGCCGGGAGCAUUUUGUGCUGGGUGCCAUGGAGGAAUACCUCUAUGCAGUUGGGGGCAGAAAUGAACUGCGCCAGGUUCUGCCUACAGUUGAGCGAUAUUGCCCCAAGAAGAACAAAUGGACUUUUGUUCAGUCCUUUGACAGAUCCCUUUCAUGCCAUGCUGGAUAUGUGGCUGAUGGUCUUCUUUGGAUAUCAGGUAGAACAUACCUCAUGUUGGAUUUAUCAAAACACACUUUCAUUGUGGUAUAUAUUUAAAAGUCAAGCUUUAAUACUGUGGCCAUGUGUAAUUGAAAGAUUGAACCAAGCAUGCCAUUUUAGCUAAUUAACAUUCAUUUAUUGAGCACCUACUCUAGAGAGCAAUGUAAUUGGAAAUAAUACGCCUUUCUGUGACUUUCUGAGUGCCUAAUGGAAUAAAAAUUCAAGGUGGAAAUUGUUGGUCCAUCACAACUGUUUUUUUCCUACCAGAACUUCUCCUGUCAGCUCUUGAUUAUUCAUGGAUUGUAUUGCACAGCUUGUGGUUUAUCUAGGUCAUUUGCUUUUUCUUUCACCCCUGGCUACCUGACUAGAGCCAUUUCAUCAAAGACAAGGCAAGAGAAGUAUAAGCCCAGUUAAUCCAUUUUUCUGGGUAUAGCAAUAGGUAUAUAUCCAAGUAAUCACUAUGCUGUGCAUUGAGGGAAGGGAUUUAAGUUACCAAAACAAAGUUGUUGUUGUUGCUGUUUCAGAUAGGGUCUCACUCUGUUACCCAGGCUGGACUGCAGUGGUGCCAUCUCGACUCACUGCAACCUCCACCUCUCAGGCUCAAGUGAUCCUCCCACCUCAGCCUCCCAAAUAGCUGGGACUACAGGAGCACACCACCACACCCAGCUAAUUUUUGUAAUUUUUGUCGAGGCAGGGUUUCACUACAUUGCCCAGGCUGCCCUCGAACUCCUGAGCUCAAGCAAUCCACCAGUCUUGGCCUCCCAAAGUGUUGGGAUUGCAGGCGUGAGCCACUGUGCCCAGCCUAAAACAAAGUUUGUUUGUUUGUUUUUAAUUACCUGUGAAUGGUAGUUACUGGUGCCAUUCUAACCCUUCAUUCCUAUUUACUCUCCUAUUUUUACUAAUAGUACAGUUUGAGCUCUAGUUUACCUUUUCAAAACUCUUUUGAAAACCUUUUGAUUAUGGAAAAAGUAGGGAGACUAGAAUAAUGAACCCCAUGUACCCACAACCCAAAAUCCACAGUUAACUACUCCUUGCCAAUCUUGUUUUCUCUACACCCACAGACCCGUCACACCCCUCUGGGCUGCCUUUUUGCUUAUACAGAAGGAGUCUGUGAGGCCUAUGCUAUCAACAUCACAUUAUCAACAUGUGUUUCAAUCUUAGUUUUGAGAAAGGCCCUAAGUGUUCUCCUUUGAAAGGUUUUUCUAUCAGGAAGAAAGCUGCAUUUUCUCCCAGUUGGAAGAUACUCAUAUUGUAACCCAAAUGGAACUUGUUGGAUUUCUGUGUCAUCAAGCACUAAGAGGAAUAGAAAGGGUAAAAAACUUAAAUAUUAAGAAUAACCCUGAUGUUUGUACUUAGAAGAAAUCAUCACUUUUAAGUACACCUGCAAAGGCUUCUCAGCUUUCCUCAAUAAUCGUCUCUAGUGUUCUAACACCUGCUCUGACAAAAUUCUCCCUUGCACUUCUUUAAAUUCAUUUGGACUUUGACUGUUUGUUCUUCUGCUGUCCUCAAUAACCAGGAAGAUAGUCACAGGCUCAGCUUCUCUGAGCGGUGCCUCAGUUAUUGGCAAUUCACUGAUUUUUAUUGACAGAACCUAGCUCACAUCAGGGUUUAAGUGCUCAAUAAAUUAAUGAAUGAAGGGAAGACUAGGACUAAGGAAGCAGACAGAUGAAGUGGACCCAACAUUUACUGGCUCUAUACCAAAGAAACAUUAGAAACAAGUAUGUAUGUUAGUAUAUGUAGAUAUAUUUAAAUUAAAACCUCAUUUAUCUAAUUACUGUUCCUUUUUCUUUAAAUGUAUAUUUCAACAGUUAAUAACCACCAAGACUAUAUUCUUUUAGCUGUGCUGGAGAAAUUUCAAGCUAGGCAGCAAAUAAGUCUUUGCUAACAGAAGGAACAGAUCUGUACUUGUCUUGGAUGGCAAAACAACAAUGGGUUUAUGAAAUCAAUGCCAUUUAUGUUUUCUCCCAAUUGACAUUCCUUCCAUUGACUCAUUUAGUUUCAUAUAUUAUUAAUAUACUGUAUUCCUAAAUUUUGCACUGCAUUUUCUAAGUUUUGUAUGAAUUUCUCAUAAAUAUUUUAAUAAAUAUUCCUUGUGUUUUGGCUGUAAACCUAGCUUGUAAAAGAAUGCUGGGGUUUCCCUUACAUAGUCUUAAAGAUAUGAUGAUUUAAUACCUUCUUCAGUGAGGCCUUAAGAAAGCACAGAAGCUCCUCUUAGACUCGCUAGAUGCGUCGUCCUGGUAUCAAGCUGACUUCCCUUUCAAUAUGUGUCUAUAUGUUUCGUUUUCCAUUUUAUUAAAUCUAUCAACCUAUUACAGAUCCUUAUUGCUAUCUCACUUUGUUUUUCUCCUACUGUGAAAGGAAAUACAUUUUCU